AUGCACGGCUCCACUCCCUACCUCACUCAUCUUCUGAAGGAAGAAGAAAGCCGCCUGGAUCCAACCUGCCUUUUCUCUUUCGACGGCGGCCUCCGUGUCCAGACUUACCGACGCCAAAGAUCGACGCUGGACGGGAGCGACGAGGGUCUUCUUCGGCUUUCUUCUGAUUCUCCCUCAUUUCCACGCCCCUCUGCGCAGCAAGGAGCAGCGCGCGAACUUGAGUGUGCUGUACCUUCGGCGGCACUGACUGGGCCAGAAGACUUCGAGGCCAGGCGAGGCGGAGAACUCGGGACGGCUCGUAAAGCAGGCCUGCCUCCGUUGGAUUGGAGGCGAGGGUGCGGUGUGCCGCCGAGGAAAAGAGGCAAACACUGGCUAGAGAACGCGGGGAACUGGGCAGAAUCUUUGGCCGCGCCGUCGGGUUUCUCGGCGCCUUCGCCCCUGCCUUCACAGCACCAAACCCGUCUGUCGUCGUUAGCUUCUCGAUCUCUGUCUAGCCUCAGGGGAAUCUCGCAAGUCCGUUCGAAGGCGUUGGAGGAAUUGGCGAACCUACGCUCUUGCUUCGACCUUCUCCUCUUCUUGCCUCUUCAGUACGCUCAGCUUCAAACGCGUACCGCCGUUCCUCGUGGCUCUCUUAACUUUUCUCACGAGAACCGUGAGGCUGGAACUCCCCCAGCAGUUCGCAGGAAGGAGCGCGACGAAGAGCUGGAUGGCAGCACUGGUCACGGGGACAACUCGGCACAGACAACGAGACAGGGGAAACCGGUGAGGUUUUCGCUCCACGCUUCACAGGACCCGUGCCGUCGCUCCGAUGCAAUCACAGCACGCGACGGCCAAGCCGAGGCGUCGGAUGACAACAGUUCCCUUUGGACACUGCCUUCAGGAGACCGCUUUGAUGAGACACCUGGCGUCGAGGCACUCCCGGCUCUCGGCCCUUCCGUCCGAGACUUCCCCAGAACGGCGGUGGACGAAGGUGAUGAUGCGUCUCUGAAACAAGGACUUAUUCCAGAGCCGUUUCGACCGCCGCUGUCUCCUUCGCGGUGUCAUCGUGAAGGCGAGGGUGCUGUGUUGGAACCUCAGGAGCCAGCUGUAAGUACACCGCCGUCUUCGUUUCCUGGAGAGCAGAGGAGACAGGAAGACGGGGGGGAACCGGGAUGCCGCGACGCGGGCUGGCGAGCGACGAGAGACAAACCCGCUGAGAACCUCACAGAGAACGAAAAAGAGCAAAACACGCCGACAAGCUUGCUGGAGGAACAGCAGAGAGAACUGCGGCAGCAACUGGAAAAAUCGCUCUCCAGGUAUCUCGCGCUCCAGGAGGAUGCCGAAGCAGGAGGCUCCAGUCCGCUGGGACGUGGCAGAAAAAGGAGACAAAAGGGAGCGGCGGCCGAGCAGGCACGCGACGAAGCAGACUUCGCUGCAAGGGACGUAGCCUUCGUAGGAUGCAUCGAAAAAAUCGGCCACUGCAAACUGCGAAGCGUUAGGCGAGGGAAGCCGCUGAUGAUCUCCACUGCAGUCGUCCGCGACGUUUUCUUCACCCCCUUCUUGAGCAUCCAGAACGAAGAAAACAUGAAGGAAAGCGGCCACGAAGGGCCAGGACACGAACCAGAAGACAAAACGCAAGAAGCACAACGCUCGGCGCGCGCCUUUCUCUCAAGAGGAACAGGAGACGCCGAAGCGGCCAAGACCAAGAGGAGGAAAAAAACCAAAGGCGAGCAGCAGGAACAACGCCCCACAGGGGAGAGGAGACGAGAAGACCAGGAAGGUCUAAUCCAUGUCACCUGGUUCGACAAAUUUCUUCAACUCGUUAAGCUGAAAAGGCGGCACGUUGUAUGCCUUGUAGGAAAGGCUGUUCGGGCAAAGACGGGGCGGAUGAAGAUGCAGAACCCGCGAGUUCACUUCCUUGCUCCAUCAGAAGAGGCGUUUCUCGCCGCCGCAGCCAAAGAGGGCUUGCCGGCUUUUCUCGGCGCCCCAGGACUCGCCGGAGCGGAGCAGAACGCGAUUCGGCAUUCUGGCGACGAAGACGCAUGCAAAAGAGAUGAACGUCUCACGAACGAACGAGGCGCGGAGUCUGCCUCUCCGUUCAACAUGCGGAGCGCGAGCGCCUCGCGCGGUCAGCCGUCUGUCGAUCACUCUUCCCCCGUUUCCUCUUUCUCUUCUGCCUCGCCUUCGUCCUCUACUCUGUCCUUACCUCGGGAGGACUCGCCGCCGCAUCCCACCUGUGUUUGGGGCGCAACGGAAGACCAAGCGUUCUCCCUCCCGACUGGUUCUGCGCCUCAAGGGACACCUGGCGCACCUACGGGGGUUCGCUUCCUACCGACGGAGGAGUCGAUAGAGGAACGGGGAAACUCGGCAGACGAUAAGGGAUGUGUGUGGAACCCAGGAGCGGGCUGCGAUGACAGGAGGGUACGUUCAGCGGGACCGGAGAUGAAAACGCAGACAAAUCCCGACACGUACCACCUCCACAAACUUAUGCCCAUCUAUCCUUCGAUUUCUGGCGUCCCAGCCAAGGUUCUUCGGGCGGGCAUCGAAACGCUUCUCCGCGAGAACAGCUUCGCCGAAGUCGUGCCGGAAUUUCUGAGGAGAAAGCGUGGAAUUGAGAGGCUGGACGCGACACUGCGAGCGCUUCACUACCCGCAGACGCCGGCAGACAUUCGAAAGGCGAAACGGGACUUCUUCUACUCCACAAUGCUCUGGCUCCAGCUGGCAAAGAAGCUGCGCACGCGCGAGGUCGAAUCGCAGUUCCGCGGCUAUGCCAGUCGAGCGGGCGAAGAAAUCCUUCGAGCCUUUUACGCCUCUCUCGAGUUUCCGCUCACGCCUUCGCAGUUGCAGGCCAUUGAGGAGAUCCGGGCUGAUAUGGAGAGUCCCCGACCCAUGCGGCGUCUUCUCCAAGGAGAUGUGGGGAGCGGCAAGACGGCUGUGGCUGCAGUGGCGCUUCUCCUCUCGGCGAGCGCGGGGCACCAAGCGGCUCUCCUGGCCCCGACGGCUGCCCUGGCGCGCCAGCACCAGAUCAACCUCCAGAAAUUUCUUGGCCCCCUCGGCUUUCACGUGCACCUGCUGGUCAGCGACGCCCCCGACAAGGAUGCCACGAUUCGCCUCAUCAACACGGGAAACGCAGAGAUCACUGUGGGCACGCACGCCCUUCUUCAGGAUUAUGUUUUGUUUCCCCGCCUCGGCCUCGUUGUCAUCGACGAACAGCACAAGUUCGGCGUCAAUCAGAGGUGGAAGCUCCUCUUGAAGCGACGCAGACGCGGGGCCGCCGGUGGCGGGGGAAACUUGGAGUGUCUCGAGCUCGAGAGAACAGAGGCUGCUGCUGCCGCCAGGGAAGCCGGAGAAGAACAGAGGAAGUGGAAACCUUCGGCUGCGGCAGACGGCGAACCAAGAAAUGGUGGGCACCGUGAAGCGCCGCAGGAGUGGGAGAACGCGUCUUCGACAGAAGAACAAGCACACGCGAUCGCAGAAGUAGAACGAGACCAGAGAACGGCAGACGCCACGUGGAGCGGUGGUGAAGGACAGGAAGCAGCGGAGGGAGAAGAAACGCACGAUUUCGAGAAGGAUGGGAAAAGACGGCUGGAACACGAAGGCUCCGACGUUCCAGGAGCCGAAGAAGGGGGACGCAUGGCCGACGUUCUUCUCAUGACGGCGACUCCGAUCCCACGCACCCAAGUCCUUCUGAGAUACGGAGACCUCAAGCUGUCCAAACUUCUCGCCGCGGAAAUCCGGUAUUCGCCAGGUCCGGAGAAGCGAGCAGGCGAAGGGAAACUGGAAGGCGACACGGCCCAUGCAGCUUUCAGAGGAACGCCGUGCCGACAAGUGGGAGACCGCGGGAGAGCGAAACGCAGUGGCGCGGAGCCGCUGCGGCGCGCGGUCGCGACAUACCUGAUCGACAAGAGGAGCGAGGGGGAAGUGGGAGAGAUGAUGAAAAUCAUACAGGACGAAAUUUCCAAGACGCGCCAAGUCUUUUGGAUCUGCCCCCUGGUCGACGGGGAGAGGCGAAGGGAGAAAGCUGGAAGAGGCCGGAAGAGGCGAAGUCUCGGCUCCCAGGAGACAGGAGACGGGCAGACAGCGGAGAAUGAGGCGCGAAGGAACACGAGAGACGAGGAAGAGGCCGGCAGGGACGGGGGAGGGGUAGAGAGAGGGGAUAGGAAAGACCAAAGCGACGGCGAGACGGGUAACAAACCCGAGUUGGUGCAGGGGCAAGGUAGCUGCAAGGAAAGCGCGGCUGUGCAGAGGUUCGAGGAGCUUCGGAAACUGCUUCCAGAAAUACGGAUCCGUCUUCUCCACGGGAGGAUGAGGGCCGAAGAAAAAGAGGAGGUUCUUUCCGAGCUACGAGGAGGUACUGUGGAUCUUCUAGUCGCUACGACUGUUGUCGAGGUCGGAAUUGAUAUUCCUAACGCUUCCGUCAUAGUCAUUGACAGCGCCGAGAGGUUUGGAUUGACUCAGCUCCAUCAACUCCGCGGGCGAGUUGGACGAGACGCACGGCACCCGUCUUUCUGCUUCAUUAUCCUUGAUCCUUUAAACAAGAAUCUCGACGAGAAGGCUAUGCACAGAUUCGCGGCCAUAGCAGCGACGACGGAUGGGUUUCAACUUGCCGAGACAGAUGCUCAAUUGCGAGGUGGAGGCACGCUCUUUGGCCAACAGCAACACGGACAAAGCGAUCUCUGGAUGAUCCGGGGCUUGAAGCGGAGUGAGCAAGCAAGACUCCUCGAAGAAGCAACGGAAGACGCGGACCACAUUGUUAAGCUCCUUGAUGAUGACGCGACGAAUUCCAGAUGUGCGGUAGGGCAGGGCGUUGGGCGCAAGCACGUCGUUUAUUCAAGCGAAGGGGCUGGCGAGCGGCACCAUUUCCGGUUCGUGCACGGCACAUCACAAUCUCUAGAGGCGAACAAGACAGACCGGAAACGCAGCACUAACGUUUUUCGGGGUAAGCGUGAAGGAAACGAAGAUGCGCCCGUUGCGUCACUGGGCGUUAUUCCACGGAAACCUGACAAGGUGGAAACUUCAAGCAAUCCGCACUGCUUCUUCAAUCCGAGCGUGAAGGAUGCGAACAAAACUGGCCGCCUUCUUGAAGACACAACGGUGAAAUGUGAGAACGAGAAGGGGAACGCAGGAGACAGUUCCUCCUCCGAACACGCUGCGGCAUAUCAAGAGGAAAAAGAAGAAAGAGGCAUCUUGCACGGGAACGGCUAUAAUCCGAGUGAAAAGCACGAAUGGGGCCACUCUUUCAAUCAAAGUACCACUGGCAAGAACCCCGAAAGUGGUUCACUUGAAUUUAAUCUAUGGAGAGAGGCGAAAGGUGGAGAAGAGAAGUCUUUUUCGGCGGAGGCAAACAUAAGGGAGGCUCGGCAGCUGGUGGAGGAAGUGCGGCUGCUCAUCCCGCCCAACAAGAUAGACUGGCUGUUUAGGGUUUAG